AUGUUUCUUCACGCUGGCGCCUCUCUCCACGGCCAUGAGUUCUCGGGAAACGGCCACCCUCCUCACUCACCCAAAGACACCCCUCUGCAACGCAAGAGACCAUACCUUCGAUCAGCAUUUCCCCACCCCAUACUGCGCUCCACGACAACACCGCCUCACUCAAGUACCUGGCCGCUGCCCCAGACCCCCAAGACGACAAGGCCCGUGUCUGAAGUCUAUGUACGCCCCAUCACCGACAUCCUUGGCGACCCUGCUGCCCCUCGGAGAUCCGUACCUGCUGCCCCUGUCGUUCGUUUCAAGGACCCCGAGGUGCUGGAGACCCCAAAGUCUUCCAUGACAGAAGAUGAGCCAUCCUUCUACGACUCCGACUCACAGACCUCCUCGACCUCCCGGCCCAGACGAAGAAGGGCUGAGCCUCGCAAGAGCAGCCACUACCUUCUCGCCGUGCCCGCUCCCAAGCGUGGAUCCAAGAAGCACCUGUUCAAGAACAUACGCCCGAGGCUGCUCUACCAGCUUCAGGAGCUGCCUGCCGACCAGAGACGCCCACGGCCCGCAAUCGACGUGUUUCCAGCAUCUCUCAUAGCUGGGCCCCUCGUAACGGCCCGCUAUAUCAACCGCUUUCCCCGGAUAUUUGGUGCCAAGGGCGAGCUUGGCCCCCGUGACCUGAUCCUGCUCAAAUCUGAGGACUACGACACCGGCCUUAGUGAUUCUGAAGAGGAGGACGAGAAUGUUGGCGGGCGACGCGAACCUUUGGCCAUACUGAGCCCAGUGAGAGGUCAGGACUGCGACGAGAUUGUGAUGGAGGAUGGUGCUGUUUGGAGGGCGACCCCGGGCCCCAAAAGCAGCUACAAUUUUGUGCAUGUCGACAAGCACGGUAUCACACAGACUGCGCGUUGGGCCAAGCGGAACUCCACAAAAAGCAUCUCGAACCCUAAGAAUCCAAACAGACUCUCUUCAUCUACUACUACCCCGACCAGCGACAGUGCGUCUAGCGCAGAGCCCAGCGAUUACAAGUACACAUUCAGCCUCAUCAACCCCAUGUCAAGGCGCCACCCGAUCUUGGCGGGCCUGACGCCCAAAUCACUUGAGGUGUUCGAGGACUACACGACGGUGUCGUCAUCCCAGGGCCGCUUUCCCCCUUCUCGCCCUAUGAGCUACAACUUCGACUCACCGAGCUCCAAGGACUUCCCGCCAUCUCCUUACUCUGCCGAUGAGCUCUCCGCUGAGCGUCAGACCCACCCAAUCGAUGAGACAACUAAGAAGCUUAUUACGAUUACCGGCCUCUGGCUGGCUUUGCGACUUGGUGGGGCGACGCCUGACUCAACGGAGACGAGUGAUAGCAGCGUCCCUUACGCGCGUGAACCGUCGAUGAGCAUAACCUCAUGCACAUCCCAGGCGCUCAAAAUACCCAGGCGGUCUACGACCAGCAACCUCACCAAUACCACGCCCCCGGCGCAGUCGGGCCUCAGGAGGGCAGUCAGCACCGGCGCGGCCUUUAUGCAGCGGCGGAUGAUGAAGCAGUCUCACUCCCAGUCGACAGAGGCGAGCAGCACUCCAGUGGCAGUACGGGACAGGGAAUCUGGUACAAAUGGCAUAGCAGGGGAGAACAAGGAUAGUGAGAGGGAAGUGAAUUCUGGCGCUGGAUGUACGCCGUUGCAAAAGCAGACACGGAGGGUGAGCUGGCUUAAGAGGCUUAAACACUAG